GUGUCAUCCGCCAUUUUGUGAGAAGCAAGGUGGCCUCCACGUUUCCUGAGCGUCUUCUUCGCUUCUGCCUCAACCGCCCCUUGACCACAGAGAUGUCUCGGGAUCGGUUCCGGAGUCGUGGCGGUGGCGGUGGCGGCUUCCACAGGCGCGGAGGCGGCGGCGGCCGCGGCGGCCUCCACGACCUCCGUUCUCCGCCGCCCGGCAUGGGCCUCAAUCAGAAUCGCGGCCCCAUGGGUCCUGGCCCGGGCCAGAGCGGCUCUAAGCCUCCGAUUCCGCCACCGCCUCCACACCAACAGCAGCAACAGCCACCACCGCAGCAGCCACCGCCACAGCAGCCGCCACCGCAUCAGCCGCCGCCGCAUCCACAGCCGCAUCAGCAGCAGCAGCCGCCGCCACCGCCGCAGGACUCUUCCAAGCCCGUCGUUGCUCAGGGACCCGGCCCCGCUCCCGGAGUAGGCAGCGCGCCGCCAGCCUCCAGCUCGGCCCCGCCCGCCACUCCGCCGACAUCGGGGGCCCCGCCAGGGUCCGGGCCAGGCCCGACGCCGACCCCGCCGCCAGCAGUCACCUCGGCCCCUCCCGGGGCGCCGCCACCCACCCCGCCAAGCAGCGGGGUCCCUACCACACCUCCUCAGGCCGGAGGCCCGCCGCCGCCGCCUGCGGCAGGCCCGGGCCCGGGUCCAGGGCCUAAGCAGGGCCCAGGUCCGGGCGGUCCCAAAGGCGGCAAAAUGCCUGGCGGGCCGAAGCCAGGUGGCGGCCCAGGCCUAAGCACCCCUGGCAGCCACCCCAAGCCGCCGCAUCGAGGCGGCGGGGAGCCCCGCAGGGGCCGCCAGCACCACCCGCCCUACCACCAGCAGCACCACCAGGGGCCCCCGCCUGGGGGGCCCGGCGGCCGCAGCGAGGAGAAAAUCUCGGACUCGGAGGGGUUUAAAGCCAACUUGUCUCUCUUGAGGAGGCCUGGAGAGAAAUCUUAUACACAGCGAUGUCGGUUGUUUGUUGGGAAUCUACCUGCUGAUAUCACGGAGGAUGAAUUCAAAAGACUAUUUGCUAAAUAUGGAGAACCAGGAGAAGUAUUUAUCAACAAAGGCAAAGGAUUCGGAUUUAUUAAACUUGAAUCUAGAGCUUUGGCUGAAAUAGCCAAAGCGGAACUUGAUGAUACACCCAUGAGAGGUAGACAGCUUCGAGUUCGCUUUGCCACACAUGCUGCUGCCCUUUCUGUUCGUAAUCUUUCACCUUAUGUUUCCAAUGAACUGUUGGAAGAAGCCUUUAGCCAGUUUGGUCCUAUUGAAAGGGCUGUUGUAAUAGUGGAUGAUCGUGGAAGAUCUACAGGGAAAGGCAUUGUUGAAUUUGCUUCUAAGCCAGCAGCAAGAAAGGCAUUUGAACGAUGCAGUGAAGGUGUUUUCUUACUGACAACAACUCCUCGUCCAGUCAUCGUGGAACCACUUGAACAACUAGACGAUGAAGAUGGUCUUCCUGAAAAACUUGCCCAGAAGAAUCCAAUGUAUCAAAAGGAGAGAGAAACCCCUCCUCGUUUUGCCCAGCAUGGUACGUUUGAGUACGAAUAUUCUCAGCGAUGGAAGUCUUUGGAUGAAAUGGAAAAACAGCAAAGGGAACAAGUUGAAAAGAACAUGAAGGAUGCAAAAGACAAAUUGGAAAGUGAAAUGGAAGAUGCCUAUCAUGAACAUCAGGCAAAUCUUUUGCGCCAAGAUCUGAUGAGACGAUAGGAAGAAUUAAGACGCAUGGAAGAACUUCACAAUCAAGAAAUGCAGAAACGUAAAGAAAUGCAGUUGAGGCAAGAGGAGGAACGACGUAGAAGAGAGGAAGAGAUGAUGAUUCGUCAACGUGAGAUGGAAGAACAAAUGAGGCGCCAAAGAGAGGAAAGUUACAGCCGAAUGGGCUACAUGGAUCCAAGGGAAAGAGACAUGAGAAUGGGUGGCGGAGGAGCAAUGAACAUGGGAGAUCCCUAUGGUUCAGGAGGCCAGAAAUUUCCACCUCUAGGUGGUGGUGGUGGCAUAGGUUAUGAAGCUAAUCCUGGCGUUCCACCAGCA